AAAUGGUCACGUGUUGCAGAUGGCCUAUUCAAAAAAUGGCGGAAGAGAAAGCAUUACGCGAGAAGAAUUUAAUUUUACUUUCGAGACUAAAUGUCGCUCAAAAAGCUAUUUGGAGAGAUUUAUGUUCCAUCAAAACAAACUCAGAACUAUCCAGCAAAAAUUUAAACUCGGAAAAAUCUACUUUGAAAAGUUACGGGCUCGAAAAAUUGCGCGUCAAAUCUCAAACAAGAAAAACUGCGAUGUCAAAACUAUCAAGUGCGAUUGAACCAAGGAAGAAAAAUGAAAAUAGUUGUGUAAAGUUUCAAAUGACAAGCUUGGCUAACAAAAAGGAAAACAAAACACCACUGUGUGAAAGCAACGCCCGUAAUUCAAUCUUAAAGACACCGUCUUCGCAACAUAUAAAACAUAUUAAACAAAUAUCAUUAAAGGAAAUUGAUGUGCCUAAACCUCGACACAUAACAUUCUCUUCUGAUACUUUAUUCAACAAGCCAGACCAAUCCAUGCUUGGUUAUGAUUGGAUAGCUGGUAUGCUUGACAAUGAUUCACAUGUAUGUGAGAAGAACGAUAGUUUCUUCAAAGAUCUGAAAGAGUUUCGCCAAGUCAACCAUGCUGAGUGCACAGGGACUUCCUUUUUAUUAACCCAAGAAAAAUCACCUCAACAAAUGAUGACUAAAACAAAAUCAGCCAUAAAAGAAAACUUUGAUUCUAAAUGCUCAAAUACCUAUAUUCUGGAUGAGCGUCUGUUUGCAGUUCCAAUACAUGGCUCCGGCACUAACUGCUCAACCUGUAAAACGAGCAAGUCUCCUGCUGCAUAUGUGGAUCAAGAAAGUUAUGUGAGGAUAAGUGUACCUAGAUCAACACUUCAAUCUCCUCAUCGAGUUAAACCUCAUCGCAGAAAGAGUUUUGAUCCCACUGACUCAGUGGCUUUAUCAAGGCAUUGUCUUCUUGGAUGGCAGUCAUCAAAGCCUGUGAUUCUGCCAACACAGUCUACCAUGGAUCUUAGAGCUCAUUCAGGAAUUUCAAAUACGGUAGGAUCUCAGAUGUUAUAAUUCAAUCUUAUAUUUACAGUAAAGGGAAUUAUUGAUAGAGAAAUAGAUUUUGGUAUUAUUGAUGAGUUUUGAUGAUAAAAAUCAAAAAAACAUUUGUAUAAAGUUCUUUGCUCAAGUAUGUCGCGCUAGCAUUCAGAUUGAUUUCUCAAAAUUUAAAAAACACAGAUUUUAAAACAGCGCUAAA